AACCGAGGAACAAAUUUUGUCAUUGGUUUCAUGGAGAAUUAUGCUUCCAACUUCAAUCUCGAAAUCUUUGUUACGACGUACAAAUCACUUCCGGUCAGCGUAUCUGUUACGUCACCGAGAUGGAGCAGCCCUUCCAUCAGCGAAUCAUUUACGGUUACUGUUGGCACGGUGAAACAGGUAUUGGUCAACAAUGCACUGAGAAUGACGGGAUCAGGAAAGAGCACUAAGGGAAUUCGAAUAACCGGAUCCGACGAAAUAAUGGUCUAUGGAAUCAAUAAGGAAACGAACUCGAACGACGGCUUCCUUGGGCUUCCUACAGACGUUUUGGGUAUGACCUAUUACGUGGUCACAUAUUGGCCCUCCGACAGAAAUACAGAGAUAUUAGUCGUGGGUGUUCAUGAUUCUACUUCGGUAACUGUACAGUUUGGUCCUAACACGGGAUUAAAUGUGACUUACGGAAAUCGAAAUUACUACAAGAACGAUAAACUUACGACAACGCUACAUUCGUACUAUACAUGGCAAAUACAGGCACCUGGGGAUUUAAGUGGCAGCAAGAUCACAGCAAAUAAAGUCAUUUCCGUCUAUAGUGGAAAUAUACUGACAAAAAUUGCCACAGGAACACGUGACCAUAUAGUUGAACAACAUGUUCCAGUGGAAAAAUGGGGAAAGACAUUUGCCACUGUGCCAAUUCCUGGUCAAACCAUCGGCGACUAUUUCCGAUUUGUAGCCAGCGAAUAUGAUACCAGAGUCACCGUCAACGGUUUGAAUAACGGUGCUUCCUUUACAGAAACUUUCACGUUGUCCACGGCAAGUGCUUGGGUGCAAAAGGAGUACAGUUCCAAGUUUUAUUCCUUAAUCACUGCAACGAAGCCGAUAUACGUAAUGCAGUUUUCUAAAAGUCAGGCUUGUUCUUCCUGUAAUGUGGCGGAUCCUGCAAUGAUUAUUAUUCCGCCUAUUGAACAGUAUGCGUCAGACUACGUUUUCACGACUCCGAAAAAAUCAACUGGGUCGUAUUCGAAUUACUUCAUGUUCGUAGUAAAGGCCUCUGAAAAAUCGGGGAUUCGAGUCGAUGGUUCUGCGGUAUCACCAACAUACAACAAUUACCCGGGAGGGCAGUAUGUAGGAGGAUACAUAGCUUUGUCGGAUGGGACUCACGAAAUUCGUCACAUUUCGCCAAAUGUUGUGUUUAUGGGAGUGUUAUACGGGAGAGCGCAAUAUGAAUCCUACGGGUUUCCCUCCGGCAUGAGGAUGGCAUCAAUAAACACACCGUGCACGAUGACAACGAUGGUCGUUGGGGAUGGAAUAGACAAUGACUGUGACGGCAAAAUAGACGAAGAAAUGUGUACUCUGGCUAAUAACUAUGCUGAUGACGAUGGAGAUGGUUCGGCAGAAGAAGAUUGUGCUAAACCAUAUCCAAUUGAUGGUGUAUGGACUUCCUGGGAGACCUGGGGUCCCUGUGCGUGCACGGGUGGAGGAAGAGGAUCACGUACACGCAGGCGCAAAUGCGACAAUCCGGCUCCACAAUAUGACGGAAAAGUUUGCCCUGGAGCGGAUGUGGAAACAGACACUACAUGUACUCCACAAAAUGGAUGUGUUUUAAAUGGAAAUUGGGCUCUGUGGGGUUCUUGGGCUUCCUGUUCUGUGACUUGUGGAACUGGAACCCAGAGCCGAACAAGAACAUGUACAGAUCCAGCCGCAGCUAAUGGCGGCACUCCCUGUUCCGGGGAUGGUACGAAGUCGCAAUCCUGCAACACUCACAGCUGUCCAGUUGAUGGAAACUGGACACCCUGGACGGCCUUUAGCAGUUGUUUGUAUGUCUGUGGCGCUGGCCAGUCAGAACGAACUCGCACCUGCACCAAUCCACAGCCUCAAUAUGGAGGAAAGACAUGUCUCGGAGACACCAAAGAAACACAAGCAUGCACUGGAAGCUGUGCAAAGGAUGGUGGAUGGAGCUCAUGGAGUGUGUGGAGUCCCUGUACAAAGACAUGUGGAUCAGGUACCAGAACUAGAAAUAGGGACUGUAACAACCCAGUCCCAAGUAAUGGAGGCAACAUGUGUCCGGGAGACCCGACGGAGUUUCAGGCUUGUAAUCCCACAGCAUGUCCAACUGUCGCUCAGGGCACUUAUGUACAAACAUGCCCAACGGGGUGGUUUACGUGUGAAUCUGGAGGUAUGACUUGUAUUCAGAUGUCAAUGAAGUGUGACUGUCAAUCUGACUGUGACGAUGGAAGUGACGAAUCAGCCACGUGGGCAAGCUGUUCAUUUAAUGCAACCGACUGUCACAACGACGCUGCUGAACUGACCACAAGUUAUAUUCAUUUUCUACCGCUGUUUACUCUUCUUUUCUUCACAAUUUGGAACUUACUUUGA